AUGGCUCUAUUUGCCGCAAAGCUUCGUGACGUUGAGCAUCAGCUUCUUCAGGCUACACAGAUUGUCCAGCUUCACGCUACGCUUACAGAAUCUUCUUUUAAACAUCAUCACGACGACGCUCUGGCGAACUCUGAAAUAUCGUCUCUUGUGGACUCGGUUGAACGUGCCCUACACAAUCUGCAGACGACAACUCGCCAGUUCGUAAGCAUCUUCCACGAGCAUCUUGAAUCGCGAAGUGUGGAUACUGAUGACGAGACAGAGACGGAAGACGAGGCUGAAGAUGUCGACAAUGAGUUCAUCGGGGACGGGGGCUCAAAACCCGCUGUGGAGGCUGCCGGUAUUGCGUUAAAAACCACGAUAUGUGAUCUCUCUCAAGAUACGAACGUGCUACUAAUCGAGCAAGCUCAAUCCAGUGAAGAGAACGAUGAUGUUGAAAAAGUGAACACCUUAGACACUCACGAAGAUGCUGCUGCACAUGCCGGUACAUCGGCUUAUAGUGAACCUCAAUGCUCACAGAUAUCCCGUAACAAUAAAGGCUCGCUAACAGUUUAUCUUGAAGCUGGCAAGGCGCUCAAGACUGUGAUUGACCGAAUUCCUGACUCUGAAAGUGGAGGCGACACCUUCGAGAGGUUGGAUGCCCCUACAAUACGAACAUGGGCUCAUGCCGUGCAAAUCAACUUUAAGAUGGCAAAUAGUCGCUUUCUGAAGCGACUGAUAAGUGGGAGUAUCCAUCGCAACGUUGCUAGAUCUUUCAUGGAAGCUUCGAAAUUAGCAGUGGCACUUUUCACUUCUGGUAUGAGGGUCAAGUUCAACAGGUGCUCGAUUGUAGAUGCCAUUGUCGCCUAUGAUUCCAUCUACACAACUGCCGCUGGAAGUGUGGUCGCCCAAGAGCUUCAGCCGAUCCUCGACUGUCGCAACACCUUGGUGGCUUAUACUGAUGACCGCUUUUCGACUUUCUUGGAGGCAACAGCUGUAAGCACAACGAAGAUGGCUUCAAAGGCGAUGAAGGCCAGGCAAUUGAAGAAAAAACUUGUUGUGACAGCCGAAAAACUGGUCAGUGCAUAUCGGUACAUUAUGAUACGACGUGAAGUGGACCACAUUGAUCCUUGGGGCGAAGAACAAUGGACGAGUCUGGACAUACUCGGCCAGAACUUGGCGAAAAUGACGUCACACUUAAAAACCCAGAAAUUACCAGGAUGGGUCAAAGAUUUGAGCACUGUACUUGACGCAUUUGAGAAGGUUUAUCCAACCAGAACCCCGAAAGCACUGGCCGAAGCUCGAACGGAUGAACCAGACGAGAGCUUGUCGUCAAAGCGUCCAGCAAACGUCACGACGCAGUGUGGUAGGUCGGUAGACAUCGAUGCAAGUAUGUGGACAGAAGUGAAAUCGUGUUUUGACGAGAUCCAACAAUUGAGUGCAAGUCUGGAGCCAGGUAAGAAGGUGCAUCCUUCUUCUAAGGCUGCAAAGGAUAUCCGUGGGAUGCUCCAUAAAGUGAUUGAACUCAGCAAAAACUUCUCCAACUGCAUUACACAAGACGACGACUGCGUUGCUGCGUAUACUGAAGCUGUCGAGAUUCUGGUGGAGUUGAUAUGGCGCUGUCCGUGUGGAUAUCUGAGUCGUAUCACACUAAAGAGUCUUCUUAACCAACUCUCUGGCGUCGUCGAAUCAGAUUCCGGUUUCAGAUCCAGCUACGAACGCUUGCAGACUUACUGGGACGAUUACUAUGCUGACCCUUUUCGGACUAUGCGUUUCCAUGUCCAGACGACAGAGAAAGAAAACCCCACAUUGGAUUCUAAACAAUUAGAAACGCCGCUGUUGCUUCUGCUUGGUCAGUUUCAUGAAACAUGCGCGUUGUGCUUGCCAGAGCUCAAACUCGACACACCAAGUUAUCGGAUCCAGGAGAUGCGUUCCAGUAUUUUGGAAAUAGCUGGUAUGCUCAAUAUCUGGCUCAAUCAGAUUUUAGAAUCUGGCCAUCAGAUGCCGAAGAUUCAGAAUUUGCAAAAUGUGUUGGCGAUGCUGGCUCGGAUCGAAUCGAGGAUACCGGAGAGUAUACCUCCUGCCCUGAUGAAGUAA